UUGAAGAUCGGAACCAACAGGUUAUACUUACAUAGUAAUAUGUUGAAGUAUUACCUUUCAUACGCCAUUCUCGCCUGGACUUCUUGGGAGGUUCUUGCCAACAAGACAAACACUCCGCAAGGCAGGACUGCGUCGACCAAUCCGCUGUUAAUCGAUCAAGUGGCCUUAUAUCAGCAACAAUGGUUCGCAUACAACGCCGUGAAGGAAAAUGAACUCCAAGAGAAAGUUGCGAGGAUCGAAAGGACGAUAGAAGGACGAUUGAUGGUCCUGCAAAAGAAGCUGAACCUCACAGUGCAUGAUCUACAGGACACAUUGGAAAAGCAGCGCGAGGACACUCUGGAAAAACUGCGAAUCUCGAGCAGGAUCAUCCCGGAGAAGUUUAAGAAAAUUGGCAAUAGGUGGUAUUUCUUUGAGAACAAUGACACACAGAAUUGGUUUUCUGCUUUCAACACCUGCCGUCGAAAGGGCGGUCACCUGGCCACCAUCUACAAUGGGAAGGAGCUGGAUGAGGUAUUCGCUCAUGCACCGCCCGGUGCCUAUUGGAUAGAUAUCAAUAGUGCAUAUAGUAAGGGCCACUACACUUCAACGCUCACUGGCAAAAAGCCACCGUUCUUCAGAUGGAACGAUGAAAAGACUGAAAAUAUCAAAUACAAUGAGUGCGUUACUGUAUACACCCUUAAAAUGUUCACUCCAGACUGUUACAGAAAGUUUUCGUUCCUUUGCCAAGCCGAGCAGUGGGAACUAUGAGUGUGCAUUCCAAAAAACUAAGCAAGUUACUUUCAUUUCGGCUCGGCCAUUGGCCAGCUGCCGUCUCAGAAGAAAAUAAUAUUAUAUUAAAUUAUGUAUACGUUUUUCUCGGCAAUUUCGUAGAGUGAACACUCACUCCUCUUAUCGUGUGUACGAGCUGCACAGAAGAGAAUGCCGUUUAAACUAUAAAUACUAAGUUCUAUCGGAAAAAACCCAUUUAAAAUUAAAGAAAAAUAGAAAAGAAAGAAA